AUGGCUUCCGAGGAACAGCUAGAAUUAUCGGGCCUUAUAAAAUCAGUCCACCAACAGCUUCGCGAUUCAGCAAAACAAAACGACCCAGAAGCCGUGUGGAAGGAGCAUGUCCGCGAUAGAACCUUGUUGCAAUCCUACGCCAACGCCAUGCAUAAAUUGGCCACGUGUUAUUGGGAUCGAACGAUGGAAGUUAGCUGCAAACGGUCAAACAGCCGAAUCGAGUGGGUUGUAGCAUCUUGCCGAAGUUAUUUCUUUGGGCCUACACCAAUGUUGUAUUUAUUUCGCGAAAAGGACGAUAAGGUCAUGCAAGCUAUUGAUAUCGGUUAUAACUUUGGGCAUCAACCUUACACGAUUGAUCGAAUUAAACUUCUCGAUGUGGGGAGCUGUUACGAUCCUUUUGCCGACUUUCCGGAUUUUGAUGUUACGGCGAUCGAUAUCGCACCAGCUCGUCCAUCCGUACGACACUGUGAUUUUCUGGAGGUAGAGCUGAAGACACUCCCUAACCCUCUUCUCUCGGAGGAGCAAAACUCCAUCGAGGCUUUUCCUUAUGCGUACUACGAUGCGGUAGUGUUUAGCUUACUGCUGGAAUAUCUACCGUCAACUGACCAACGGAUGCGAUGCUGCCAAAAAGCAUAUGAUCUACUAAAACCAGAAGGAAUCCUGCUCAUAAUCACCCCAGACAGUCGGCAUCAGGGAGCUAAUGCAAAGCUGAUGAAAAACUGGCGCUAUACGUUGGGUUUGAUAGGGUACUCUAGGAUAAAAAUCGAGAAGCUAGAACACGUGACAUGCAUGGUGUUUCGAAAGUCCAUCUACCCAGCAGUGGGUAAACGAUGGUGUGAUAUACACCGGGAAGCCUAUAUGGAACCCGUUCUAAAUAUUCCUCAGGAUUUUAACGAGUUAAAAAUGGAUCACAGCAGCAACGAUUCAACAUCGACGUUGCCGCGUUCGGAAGUCGACGAUGGAGCAAUAAGGGAUGCUUUCGCAGGACUACCAUUUUGUUGA